AUGGCGGGGGCCUGGCUCAGGUGGGGGAUCCUGCUCUGGGCAGGGCUGCUCGCGUCGUCGGCGCACGGCCGGGUGCGGAGGAUCACGUACGUGGUGCGCCCGGGCCCCGGCCUGGCGGCGGGCGCCUUGCCUCUGGGCGGGCCGCCGCGUCCGCGGACCUUCAACGUCGCGCUCAACACCAGGUACAGUCGGAGCUCGGCGGGUGUUGGCGCUCCCAGCCGCGCCUCCCCUGGCGCCCCUCCGGAGCGGACCCGGCGCACCAGCAAGCCCAGAAUCGCGCCCUUGCCGGGGCUCCAGCCUCCUGAGCCAGCGCGUCCCGGGGGCUCCAGUGGGCAGCUCCAGCUGAAGCCGGGCGGUCACCCUGCGGUCGCCCCGUUCGCCAGACAAGGCAGGCAAGUGGUGCGCUCCCAAGUGCCGCGGGAGACGCAGAGCGGCGCGGGCUCCCGGCUGCAGGUUCAUCAGAAGCAGCAGCUGCAGGGGGUGAAUGUCUGUGGAGGACAGUGCUGCCAUGGAUGGAGUAAGGCUCCUGGCUCCCAGAGGUGCACCAAACCGAGCUGUGUUCCACCAUGCCAGAAUGGAGGGAUGUGUCUGCGCCCUCAGCUCUGUGUGUGCAAGCCAGGAACGAAGGGCAAAGCCUGCGAGACAAUAGCCACUCAAGACACCUCAUCCACCAUGGUAUCUGGAGGGCAGGGUUCUGCCCCUGCUUCCAAGAGGGUCCCUCCUGAGCCACCAUUGAAGUACACUUCAUCUAAGAAGGCAGAUGCUCUACCGAGAGGCAGCCCUGUAGCUCAGAUGACCUUGACCCUCAAGCCGAAGCCUUCGAUGGGACUCUCCCAGCAGUUACAUUCUCAAAUGGCUCCCCUUUCCUCACAGAAUGUGAUGAUUCAUCAUGGCCAGACCCAGGAAUAUGUGAUCAAGCCCAAGUACUUUCCUGCCCAGAAGGUGCUUUCGGGAGAACAGUCCACAGAAGGUGCAUUCCCUGUGAGAUAUGGGCAGGAGAAAGUUGCCAGCCCCUUCCAGCUGAGUAACCACACUGGCCGCAUCAAGGUGGUCUUUACUCCGAGCAUCUGUAAAGUGACCUGCAGCAAGGGCAGCUGUCAGAACAGCUGUGAGAAGGGGAAUACCACCACUCUCAUUAGUGAGAAUGGUCACGCCGCCGACACCCUGACGGCCACGAACUUCCGAGUGGUUAUUUGCCAUCUUCCGUGUAUGAAUGGUGGCCAGUGCAGUUCAAGGGACAAAUGCCAGUGUCCCCCAAACUUCACGGGGAGGUUUUGUCAGAUCCCAGUCCGUGGCGCCAGCGUGCCUAAGCUUUAUCAGCAUUCCCAGCAGUCCGGCAAGGCGCUGGGAACACACGUCGUCCACUCUACGCACACUUUGCCUCUGACCAUGACUAGCCAGCAGGGAGUCAAAGUAAAAUUUCCUCCCAACAUCGUCAAUAUCCAUGUGAAGCAUCCUCCUGAGGCUUCAGUCCAGAUACACCAGGUUUCCAGAAUUGACGGCCCUACUGGCCAGAAGGUGAAAGAAUCUCAAGCAGGACAAUCCCAGGUUUCUUACCAAGGGCUCCCUGUCCAGAAGACCCAGACGGUGCAUUCCACAUACUCCCACCAGCAGGUCAUUCCUCACGUCUAUCCUGUGGCUGCUAAGACACAGCUUGGCAGGUGCUUCCAGGAAACCAUUGGGUCACAGUGUGGCAAACCGCUCCCUGGCCUUUCAAAGCAAGAGGACUGCUGUGGGACUGUGGGCACCUCCUGGGGCUUUAACAAAUGCCAGAAAUGCCCCAAGAAGCCAGUAUAUCAUGGAUAUAGCCAAAUGAUGGAAUGUCUACAAGGCUAUAAGCGGGUUAACAACACCUUUUGUCAAGAUAUUAAUGAAUGCCAACUGCAAGGUGUGUGCCCUAAUGGUGAGUGUUUGAAUACCAUGGGCAGCUAUAGAUGUACCUGCAAAAUGGGAUUUGGGCCAGAUCCUACCUUCUCAAGUUGCAUUCCGGAUACCCCCGUGAUCUCUGAAGAGAAGGGACCCUGUUACCGGCUUAUCAGUUCCGGGAGGCAGUGUAUGCACCCUCUGUCUGUCCACCUCACCAAGCAGCUUUGCUGUUGUAGCGUGGGCAAGGCAUGGGGCCCCCACUGUGAGAAAUGCCCUCUUCCAGGCACAGCUGCUUUUAAGGAAAUCUGUCCUGGUGGAAUGGGUUAUACAGUUUCUGGCGUUCAUAGACGCAGGCCAAUCCAUCACCAUGUAGGUAAAGGACCUGUAUAUGUCAAGCCAAAGAACACUCAGCCUGUUGCUAAAAGUACUCAUCCUCCACCUCUCCCAGCCAAGGAAGAGCCAGUGGAGGCCCUGACCUUCUCCCGGGAACACGGGCCAGGCGUGGCGGAGCCAGAAGUGGCAACUACACCCCCUGAAAAGGAAAUAACUUCAUUGGAUCAAGAGAAAACCAAAUUUGACCGUGGUCAGACCCAGCUCUCCCCAGGGCUUUCUACUAUGAACCUGCCCCCACAGUUUCCAGUAGUGAUUGAAAAAUCCUCACCCCCUGUUCCUGUGGAAGUAGCUCCCGAAGCUUCUACAUCAAGUGCCAGCCAAGUGAUUGCACCUACUCAAGUAACUGAAAUCAAUGAGUGUACUGUGAACCCUGACAUCUGUGGAGCUGGACACUGCAUUAAUCUGCCAGUGAGGUAUACGUGCAUAUGUAACAAAGGCUACAAAUUCAGCGAGCAACAGAGGAAAUGUGUGGAUAUUGAUGAAUGUGCACAGAUGCAACAAUACUGCUCCCAGGGCCGCUGUGAAAACACCGAGGGGAGUUUCCUGUGUAUUUGCCCAGCAGGAUUCAUGGCCAGUGAGGAGGGUACUAACUGCAUAGAUGUUGAUGAGUGCCUGCGGCCAGACGUGUGCGGGGAGGGACACUGUGUCAACACCAUGGGCGCCUUCCGCUGCGAGUACUGUGACAGCGGCUUCCGCAUGACGCGCAGAGGACGCUGUGAGGAUAUUAACGAAUGUUUGACUCCAAGUGCUUGCCCGGAUGAGCAGUGUGUGAAUUCUCCAGGAUCUUACCAUUGUGUUCCCUGCACAGAAGGAUUCCGAGGCUGGAACGGACAGUGCCUUGAUGUGGACGAAUGCCUGGAACCAAAAGUCUGCACAAAUGGUACUUGCACAAACCUUGAAGGCUCUUACAUGUGUUCAUGCCACCAGGGCUACAGCCCAACUCCAGACCACAAGCACUGUAAAGAUGUUGAUGAAUGCCAGUACGGGAAUCUAUGCCUAAACGGGGAGUGCAGAAACACCGAGGGCUCCUUCCGGUGUACCUGCGGGCAGGGCUAUCAGCUAUCAGCAGCAAAAGACCAGUGUGAAGAUAUUGAUGAGUGCCAGUAUGGCCAUCUCUGCUCUCAUGGUCAGUGCAGGAACACAGAGGGCUCCUUCCGGUGUGUUUGUGACCAGGGAUACAGAGCAUCCCUCCUUGGGGACCACUGUGAAGAUAUAAAUGAGUGCUUGGAAGACAGCGGUAUUUGCCAGGGAGGUGACUGCAUUAACACUGCAGGAUCGUAUGAUUGCAUUUGUCCAAAUGGAUUUCAACUAAAUGACGAUAAACGAUGUCAAGACAUUAACGAGUGUGAACAGCCAGGGCUCUGUGGUGCUCGUGGGGAGUGUCUCAACACAGAUGGCUCAUUUCAGUGUGUCUGUGAACAGGGAUUCUCCAUCUCUGCAGAUGGGUCCACGUGUGAAGAUAUUGAUGAAUGUGUAAACAACACUAUUUGUGACAGUCACGGGUUUUGUGACAAUACGGCUGGCUCCUUCCGCUGCCUCUGUUAUCAGGGCUUUCAGGCCCCGCAGGAUGGGCAAGGGUGUGUGGAUGUGAACGAGUGUGAACUGCUCAGUGGCGUGUGUGGCGAAGCCUUCUGUGAAAAUGUGGAAGGGUCGUUUCUGUGUGUAUGCGAGGAUGAAAACCAGGAGUACAGCCCCAUGACUGGGCAAUGCCGAUCCCGGGCCUCUGGAGACUCAGACAUAGAUGUGGAUCAACCUAAAGAAGAAAAGAAAGAAUGCUACUAUAACCUAAAUGAUGCCAGUCUCUGUGAUAAUGUCCUGGCCCCCAAUGUCACCAAACAGGAAUGCUGCUGCACCUCAGGUGCUGGAUGGGGUGAUAACUGUGAGAUCUUCCCCUGCCCAGUUUUGGGAACUGUGGAAUUUACUGAAAUGUGUCCUAGAGGGAAAGGUUUUGUCCCCACUGGAGAACCUUCUCAUGGAGUUGAUGACCAGAACUAUAAAGAUGCAGAUGAAUGCUUAUUGUUUGGACAAGAAAUCUGCAAAAAUGGUUUCUGUUUAAACACUCAGCCUGGUUAUGAAUGCUACUGUAAGCAGGGGACCUACUAUGACCCUGUUAAACUGCAGUGCUUUGAUAUGGAUGAAUGUCAAGACCCCAGCAGUUGUAUUGAUGGCCAGUGUGUUAAUACAGAAGGUUCCUACAGCUGCUUCUGUACUCAUCCCAUGGUCCUAGACGCCUCAGAGAAAAGAUGUAUCCGGCCAACUGAAUCAAAUGAACAAAUUGAAGAAACUGAUGUCUACCAGGACCUGUGCUGGGAACAUCUGAGUGAUGAGUAUGUGUGUAGCCGGCCUCUUGUUGGCAAGCAGACAACCUACACAGAGUGCUGCUGUUUAUACGGAGAGGCGUGGGGCAUGCAGUGUGCCCUCUGCCCCAUGAAGGAUUCAGAUGACUAUGCCCAGCUGUGUAACAUCCCCGUUCUGGGGCACCGGCGGCCAUACGGACGGGAUGCCUUGGUUGACUUCAGUGAGCAGUAUGCACCAGAAGCUGAUCCCUACUUUAUUCAGGAUCGUUAUUUAAACAGCUUUGAGGAGUUACAGGCUGAGGAGUGUGGCAUCCUCAACGGCUGUGAGAAUGGCCGCUGUGUGCGGGUGCAGGAGGGCUACACCUGUGACUGCUUCGAUGGCUACCACCUGGACAUGGCGAAGAUGACCUGUGUCGAUGUCAACGAGUGUGAUGAGUUGAACAACCGGAUGUCCCUCUGCAAGAAUGCCAAGUGCAUUAACACGGAAGGUUCCUACAAGUGUUUGUGUCUGCCAGGCUACAUACCUUCAGACAAACCAAACUACUGCACCCCAUUGAAUACCACCAUGAAUUUAGAAAAAGACAGUGAUCUGGAGUGA